AAUGAAAAGUGUCAUGGUGGCGUUUAGCACCAAGAAUGUACAUUUUACCAACAGAAACCCGUUUGAAUCGUUUAAUUUCGAUGGUGUGAUACAUUUUGGUCUUUUCCAGCGACCGCGACUGUCGGACACAACAUAACGCGCGCAUCAAACAGUUUAAUAACGCUGUCGCGUGAAUGUGCGGCAGCUGCAAGUGGAACUGCGCGGAUUCUCACUGUCUGUCAUCAUGUGUGACACGCAGCGAGACGAUGAGCUCCGGCCGGUUCCCAAAGAGCGAGCCGUGCUCGAGAGUUUCUUCACUCAGCUCGGGAUGUUCUGGUUCGACAGGGCGAAGGAUUAUGUGGAGAAGGAGAAGGACGCCAGUAAGAGCGCGGGGGCCAUCUGGGCAUCUCUGCUGGCCGCUCUCGCACACCUGGCAGCCGCGGAGAAAGCCUACCACAACAUGACUUUCCUCGGGCAGAAACUAGGUGGUCAGUCAUUCUUCAGCCGCAAGGAUUCCAUCAGAACCAUCUAUACGUCCCUGAACAACGAACUGAAGAAGGUGGUCUCCAUGGGCCGUCACACAGCCGGAGGCUCCACUCCCAACCUGGAGGAUCUCCUGCCCCAUUUGUCGGAGCAGCUGUGUCACUUCACGCAGGCCAGGAUGGAGAUCGCUGACUUCUACGAGAAGAUGCAUUCUCUGGGCAGCCAGAAGACUGUGAACUCCGAGGAGCUUGUGAGCACGCUGGAGAGCAUUCUGCAGAAGUACAGUUCCAGAUUCCACCAUCCAAUCCUGAGCCGUCUUGAGAGCAGCUUCCAGGUGGAGGUGGACGUGUUGACGCAGCUGUUACGAUGCCAGGCGCAGAUCUCCGAGUGGCAUUUCCUGCCAUCUUUGCUGAAUCUGCAUGGCGCCCAUUCCAAACUUCAGGCAUGGGGUCAGGUGUUCGAGCGGCAAAGAGAAACCAGGAAACACCUUUUCGGAGGCCAAUCCCAGAAGGCCGCGCAGCCGCCGCACCUCUACCUGUGGCUGCAGUGCCUUCAAGCGACGCUCCAAGCAAAAUUCAGCUUCUACUUCCACGAGGCUCUGAGCCGCCAAACGUCACAGUCCGAAAUGAAAACCCUGACGGCUCGCACCUCCCUAGAUUACUUCGGCAAGAUCUCGGGCUUCAUUCGCAAGCACGACGCUUCGAACGUCUCCUUGGUCUUCGACAACCGUGGCUCUGAGAGCUUUCAGGGACACGGAUAUCACCAUCCGCACUCUUACCGUGAAGCUCCUAAAGGUGUGGACCAGUUUCCAGCCAUCGUGUCACUUCCUGGCGGAGAAAGGCCGGUCACGCAUUGGCCCAAUGUCAUCAUGAUCAUGAGUGACCGCUCCACGGAGCUUAACGCUUUGGAUAAGGUGGUCCACUUUUAUGACGAUAAAGUCCAGAGCACCUACUUCCUUGCACGGCCCGAGCCGCACUUCACUGUGGUGGUGAUCUUUGACGGGAGGAAGUCAGAGAGGGACUCGAACAUAGUGGCAUUCCUGCAGGAGCUGACGGGAUCGCUGAGGAACACCAAACCCUUCACUACACUCAAACCAGGCUCAAAGGGCUGAACUCUUUCAUAUUUAUCAAUAUAUACUAUUUUUCACCCCAAAUAUAGUUUGUUUUAAAAGGACAUUUACCUCGAUAUCAGUUGCUGUUGCUCUUUUAUUCACUGUGCUGCUAAAACUCUUGUUGAAUAUAAACCAUUUUAUUCUUUUCCCUUUGAACAGCUACCAAAGAGGUCCAAAAGCUUCAUAAUUCAAACACUUUCAGACCAAAGGCGAAUAUCACAGCCGUGACUGUGUCUUGUUUUUUUUUAUGUGCUCACAAAUUAGUUAUUUAAGCUUGUGUUCCUGCUUAGCAAUUGGAUUUGCUUUACCGCAUGUGAAAGGGACCCACUGCAAAGAAUUUGCCUUCCCCUUUUAUUGUUAAUUUGCUGUGCAUUUUAAUAGCCUUUGGUUUUAAUGUUUUGACUUUUUUUGACCAUUGUGUACAUUUUCACUUCUGAAAUAAAGUUUGGAAUUGUCUGUCAUACUA